AUGAGCGAUCCGAAACAGAAACGCAACUCGUUUUUCUUCUUUUCAAGCAAGAAUAAUGGACCCAAAGUCGAACCAAAAGUUGAAACAAAAGUUUCAAACGUCAAGUAUGUUGGGAAAUAUCCGUUGAUGUCUUCAACGAAAAAGCGUUCUGAGUCUGCUACAAGCGAGAUUCGCACUUCUAGUGCCCCGCCUUCGAACACACCGGAGACUCGCCAGCCACAAAUUUCGGCUGUCAUAAACCCCGCUAGUUCUGGUACAACACAUAGGGUAGGAACGUUGAAUAGAAUGAGGCCCCCACCACCUGAAUUGCAGUUCACGGGCAUACAGAGCGACAGCGUUCCGAAAAGCAACGUUGAGACAGACACGAGAAUAAAUGAACAGGAUGUCCUAAAAUCUUCAGACCGGGGUCACCAGAGAAAAAAGUCUGACAUCGACGAAUUGAUGGAUCACUUAGAUCAAUUUGGCAAUGAAAGCCAAUUGACUUAUGGAGAGGAAAGCUCAAUUGGGCCUUUCUCGUCAAGUGAUCACUACGAUACUCCUAGUCUGAAUAUAGCGAGCGGCAGUAUAGAUCAGGAAGGCUAUUUGCGUGAUAACUCUCGAGACGAUUCAGAUUACGGGAAAAGUUCCAGCGAGUUAGCUUCUAAACGCACAGAUGACCGUUUGCGGAAAUCGCUUUCCAGUGUGGAUAACGAAGACAAAAUCGAGGAUGACGACCGUUUUUCUUUCGCAAAUUCGCAAGUUGAAUCAGUAAUGGAGCUACAACAACUUUCGUUCAAUAAUGAACCGAAAAUGGCUUCUGGUAAUUACAGAAACAGCCAAGAAAAGAUUGGACAUGAACAAACUUCCAAGACCGAGCAACAUAGUAUAGAAGGACCCUUCACUGAUUCGGAGGCCUCCAGUAGCAAUUACUUCUAUGGCGACGAUCAGUCAUUCACUGAUAGGCCACGACAAUUUAGGGUCGUUAACGAACAUCGGCCAAAUUUCACGCUCAACGAUGGGAGUAGUACUACAACUGACAAUGAGAGCUUUACGUCCACGCCCGCCCUUCCGUCUUCGGCCAAGCAUCACACAAAGGUAGAUCAGCCGCCUCUGAUAACCACUCUGCCUACGAUAACACCUUCGCCGCCUUCAAUGUCUGAGGGACUCGAUCAUGAGAUGUCAAGCUCGGGUUCAUUACCUCUGUUGGAUAAAGAUCUCAGCCCCAGGAGUGUACCAGAGUCUGAGUUCACAAUACAGGACCAAUUCUCACAGCCACAAGAAACAGCAAGGUUACCAAGCCCGCGGAGAAAUGGAACUGACAAAUCGGUAAAGCUAGUGUCCGGCUAUGUUGAAGAAUUACGACUGAAGUAUUUCCCAACAUCCAAUUCACUUCAACCUCCUCCCAAUUUACCAUUUGUGCUUAAGACGAAGAAUAGUCUUGAACAGCCACAAAACAUCAAGGUUAAGAUACGCACGAGCUCGAAACAAAUUGGAAUCAAGCACGGAAAGGCUAAACAAAAGCUUUUGUCUUUAGAGACCGCUAAAGAGGAAGAAGAGGAAACAGAUAGUGCGAUGAAAGUGCGCGACAAGAACUCUUCUGUUUCCACUGAAGUCGACCAUACGCGAGAGUUCCACGAUCUAUUGAACAAGAGCACAUCGGGAACUAAUCUGCUCUUCGGCGGCAGACAGACUCAAAACGGAGACAUUGAAAAUUCCUACAGUAUGGAAGGUGAUGACCUAUAUCUGCAAAAUAUCCCGGGCGACGAGGCAUACGAUAGCGAUGAUGUAAUGGCACCACUGAGGGAUAGAGGAGAUCACAAGGCUCCUCUUCGUUUUGCUGGGGCACACGAAGGUGACCAACGCCGCAUGGGCGGAACCAAUGGACGAAUCAAUCGAAGCGAUACUGUGACCAGCUAUUUUACUAGACAGAAUAUAAACCGUAUUCGCAGUGGUACUUUGGACACAGAUUACAUCAACACGGUUCAUAAAGGAUUUGAUCCCACUUUGAGAGACCAAAUUGCUGCUGAAAACUCGUCAGAUGAUGAACUGUCGGUCCAAACAUCAAACCCUGCAUAUCUGCAGUCUACAUUUAAUGGAGGAUUGCACGUAACAAAUCAGGAUCCAGAGUCAGACGAAGACUAA